AUGCGGGCAGGAAAGGGCGGAUCAGCAUCCGGGCUCUGGGCAGGAGCGCGCUCACUCACCUAUCAUGGCGGCCAGGGGAGGAGGAGAGAGGAGGGGGCGCGCACGCUCGCGAGCCGCAGCUCGAGCCGGGCAGCCGGUAACAGCUGGUAACGGAGGAGACAGCGCAGCCGGCAGCGAACUGCGCGUGCGCCAAGGGGGCUGUUCCGCGUGCCGAUUCUCGCCCGCUGAAGGGAGAUGGUUGAGGAGGAGGCGGGCGGCGGCCCCGCCAAGCCCGGGGGGAACAGGCUUUCCCAGAAGCAGGAGCCGUUGGGACACGUGAAGAAAAGCAAGCCGCAGGUCUCUGACGGCUUCACCGUUAAAGCCAUGAUGAAAAACACCGUGGUAAGGGGGCCCCCAGUUGCAGGAGCAUUUAAAGAGAGACCAAGAAAGCCUACAGCAUUUCGCAGGUUUUAUGAACGUGGAGACUUCCCUAUUGCUCUUGAUCAUGAUACAAAAGGGAACAGAAUAGCAUGGAAGGUAGAAAUUGAGAAGCUGGACUAUCAUUAUUAUCUGCCUUUGUUUUUUGAUGGACUUUGUGAAAUGACAUUUCCAUGUGAGUUUUUUGCUCGUCAAGGAAUCCAUGACAUGCUGGAACACGGUGGAAACAAGAUUCUUCCUGUCAUUCCUCAGCUCAUUAUCCCAAUAAAAAAUGCACUGAGCCUUCGUAACCGGCAGGUCCUCUGCAUCACACUGAAAGUCCUCCAGCACCUGGUGUUAUCAGCUGACAUGGUGGGAGAAGCCUUAGUGCCCUAUUAUCGGCAACUCCUCCCAAUCUUUAACAUCUUUAAGAACAUGAAUGUUAAUUCAGGCGAUGGGAUAGACUACAGCCAGCAGAAGCGUGAAAAUAUCGGAGAUCUGAUUCAAGAGACACUGGAAAUCUUUGAACGCCAUGGUGGAGAAAGUGCUUAUAUAAACAUUAAGUACAUGAUCCCUACUUACCAGUCGUGCAUAUUAAACUGACUGGUAUCAAAUGGGAUCAUUCCAUUUCAGUUUAAAGAAAAAACAAAACAAAACCUGUGUCGGACUCUGUGUGGCAUCUUGUUAGUCAUGCUUUCUUCUGUACAGCUGCUAAAAUAGUGGCUUCUGGGGCAUUAGUGUUAGUACUAUUGUGAACAAGUCUUUCCAACACAUAAAUAGUGCCUGUUCCUUUGAUUACAAUGGUGUACUGUGCUUGUUUGUUCCGUGAAAGAAUUGCUUCUUUAUAGCAGAGCUGACUCGAGCAGGAAUCAGAGUUAAACCUUCAGUUGUGUAGACAAUAAAACUAUAAUUUUCAUAUGCAAUUCAGCAAUCGCUGUUCUGUGUCCGCUUGCCCUGAGGGUGAUGUCAGACGCUGUAACAAGAAGAGUUUAUGCUGACUGCUUAAUAGGUGUUUGUCAUGGAAGAGAAACACCAGUUCAGCAGUGUCUCUCUAGCAGCUGUGCCAAAUAAUGUGCACCAACAUACAAUAAAACUGUUGAAUGUA